GCUCCUGCGGCAGAAUAUCAGCUCCAAUCGGCAAACCUCCGGAGCGCCAGCCAUUUUCUGGACAAGAGCAGAUUUGCCAAGCGCUACCUUAAGAAAAGUUAUGCGUGACUAUAUUUAAGGAAGCAGGGGGUGUGCACUGGCCCCAUCCCAGGGCCCUGCGCCAGCCCUGGCCUCGACGCCCGCGCCCGAUGCCGGCCAUGCGCGCAGGUGUCUGGACGCUUCUCCUCUGAGCCACCCAUCGCCUAGCUGCCGCCUGCAAAUGCUCAGCUUCUUCUGGCUGAGGUGUCUCUUAAAAAUGGUCAAGGGCAAUAUUGUAGUCCCUGAAGAUAUCUUGAGCUUCUGUUGCAAUGGCCUCCAGGGCUCAACCUCUCCGCCACGUGCCCAGGAGCCAGGGGAACAGGAGGAGGUACCGGGGGCCAUGGCGAGCCCCUCGCCCACCCGCAAUCCCACUGAGGUGCAGAUGAGCCAGCUGGUGCUGCCCUGCCACACCAACCACCGCGGUGAGCUCAGCACCGGCCAGCUGCUCAAGUGGAUCGACACGGCCGCCUGCCUCUCUGCCGAGAGACAUGCUGGCUGCCCGUGCGUCACGGCUUCCAUGGAUGAUAUCUAUUUUGAGCAUACCAUUAGUGUCGGGCAAGUUGUGAACAUCAAAGCCAAAGUAAACCGAGCCUUUAACUCCAGCAUGGAGGUGGGCAUCCAGGUGAGCUACGAGGACCUGUGCAGCGGGAAGCAUUGCAGCAUCUGCAAGGCGUACGCCACCUUCGUGGCGCAGGGCCCCUCUGGCAGCAAGGUGAAGCUGAAGCCACUGACCCCACAGACAGAGGAGGAGAAGACAGAGUACAGCAUUGCCGCUGAGCGCCGCCGCAUGCGGCUGGUCCACAAGGACACCCUCAAGGACCUCCUCACCCGCAGCCCCUGUGAAACCGAGCUGGAGACGCGGGAUGGCAGCGCAGCAGUGCCGGCGGAGAAGACACGGGUAGAGAGUGUGGAGCUGGUGCUGCCCCCACAUGCCAACCAUCAGGGCAAUACUUUUGGUGGGCAGAUCAUGGCCUGGAUGGAGAAUGUGGCCACCAUCGCAGCCAGCCGGCUGUGCCGUGCCCACCCCACACUGCGGGCCAUUGAGAUGUUCCAUUUUCGGGGACCAUCACAAGUCGGGGACCGCCUGGUGCUCAAAGCCAUCGUCAACAAUGCCUUCAAAAACAGCAUGGAGGUGGGGGUCUGCGCCGAGGCAUACGAUCAGGAGAUGUCCAUCAGCCGAAGGCACAUCAACAGCGCCUUCAUGACCUUCGUGGUGCUGGACCAGGGGGGCCGGCCCUGCAACCUGCCAAUGGUGGCACCUGAGCCGGGGGAUGGAGAGAGGAGGUACAGAGAAGCCAGUGCUAGGAAAAAAAUUCGGCUGGACCGAAAAUACAUCAUCUCCUGCAAACAGGCCGAGGUGCCGCUCUCUGUGCCCUGGGACCAAAGCAACAAGGUUUAUCUGAGCUACAACAAUGUCUCUGCGCUGAAGACACUCGUAGCCAAAGCGAACUGGGUACUCGCCAGAGAAAAGGAAAAGGUGCGGAUGUACACACUGGAGGAGGACAAGUUCCUCUCCUUCCGCAUCGAGAUGUCGGUCCGCAUCGCUGCUGGCCAAGCCUUCUCCCUGCUCUCCGACCUGCGGCGCCGGCACGAGUGGGACAGCCACUAUGCGAGUGCUGAGCUUGUCCAGCAAGUAGAUGAUGAUGACAUGAUCUACCAUGUGGUGAGCCAGACGCUCAGCCAUGAGAAUAAGCCACAGGACUUCGUCAUCCUAGCAUCCCGACGGAAACCCUGCAGCAAGGGGGACCCCUAUGUGGUGGCCUUUCGGUCGGUGACACUGCCCACCCACCCCGCCAGCACCGGCUUUACACGGGGGGAGACAGUCUGCUCCGGUUUCUGCAUUUGGCCGGAGUCAGAGGAGAUGAGCAAGGUGGCUUACUACAACCAGGCUACGCCGGGGUACCUCAACUACGUCACCACCAAUGUGGCGGGACUGUCCUCCAACUUCUGCGCCACCUUCAAAGCCUGUGAAAAGUUCCUGCUGAAGAACAAAGAGGACCUGAUUGUGCGGCUGCAGGACCUCUAAAGCCAUGGCACCCUGCUGACAGACAGACAGACAGAUGAGGGUGCACCUCCGUGGUGGAAGGGGACAUGGGAUGGUGGUGCCCAGACCCUGUCUCCCCAGGGGGCUUUGGCCCAAGCGAGGUCCCAGGGGCUGGGGUGGAGGGGCAUCACUCUACUGCCUCACCCCUUGCGCUGACAUGUCAUGUCUUUUCUUCUUCCUCUUUUUUUUUAAUUUAGAAAUUUUAUAAGCUGAUGUACAGGACUUGGUUUUCUAGUUCAGCUAAUGCUACUUGAAUCUUUAUACAAUCCAAAGUCUUUCUAAAAUAGAUUUUUUUUUUACUAUUUCUUCAUGGGGAAGACUUGUUUCCUUUGAAGCAGCAAAGGGAGAGAGGGGGCAGUGAUGAGGGGACGGUGCCGUACCCCUCCCUGGUGCAGAGGCAGCUGGCAGAGCAUCCCGAGCCCCCUGCAACUGCCGGGUGCUGCUCUUCUUCCCAGGCAGGGCUGCAAACAGCCCCUGCUUCCACCAGGCUGAAAUCCCACCCCAUGGGGCUGUGGAAGGAGUGGCAAUAAAGGUGCAUUAAAAGGAAAACAAUAUCUAUAUGUGCUCCGGGUGAGUGUCUGCUCUGGGAUUUGCUGUGUAGUGGCCCGGCUGGCAAGCGUGGGGUGGGGGUCCCGCACCCGCAGCACACCCCAGGCAGGUGCUACUUCCCCAGGCUGCUCAGGGUCACCCGCCCCGAGAGCUGCUGUCUGGGGCUCAGGAAGACGUGGGGGUCCUUUGAGGCAGGACCAUGCAUUGCAGAAAGGCCGGUGUCAUUAAUUUUUCCACUCCGAGUGGCUUUUGGAAACUGCCUGGAGGCAUUGCCAGCAUGGCAGGGGCAGCAUGGGCUCGUGCAGACCCGGGUGCCUGCCUCUUGUCCCCAUCCAUUGGGUGCAUCAACGCCUUAAGCCGUGAACACCAAACUGCCUCAGGGGCACUGAAAAAUAAAAAAAAUUACAAACUCAAACCUUGUUUCCCUAAGUCUGAGCAAGGCUGCAGAGAACAUGGAGAGUGGUUGCAGGCAGAUGCCAAAGCCCAGAGCCUCAAAGGCUUCAGAUGCCAUCCCUAAUUGCCCUGGGCACUAAUGACCUGAGUGCCUCCUGGGGUGUUUCCCUCCCCAUUCCCCCCAAGCUGCUUUGAUGACAGCAUGGAGCUGUUUUGCAGAUGUCCACAGCUGCAGAGGAUGGGGUUAGGACCAUUGCAAAGACCUUGCUGCCAACCUCCCUGACAUGCUCUGGGAAAGCCACCAAAAUGCAGCACAAGUGAUAGUGGAAGUGCUACUCAUCUGUCACACCCCAGGGGACAUUUGCCCUCAGCCACAGGCCUGCUGAGAGCCCCCUCCCAGGCUUUCCUGGAUCCCAUAGCCAGAGGUGUCUCGAUGGCCUUGAGGUUUUUGAAAGGCUUGCUUCCCGCUGGGAAGGGAAUGAGCCCUUUGGGCACACAGAGCCAUGGGUACAGCAGGUUCAAUGGCAGCAGUGCCCUCCUUGCCUUUGCUAGAGGGGCCCCCAGGUGCUGAACCCAGAGAAAGGGUUUUGCAGAGCUUAAGCUUGAGCAAGCAACAGUGAUGUCAUGCUCAGGGCAAGAUGAGACUGUGGGGUACCAAAAAUGAGCACAGGGUCUUUUCCAGGCACCCAAGGUGUUUUCUCCCUGUCUGCAACAACCAGUCCCUAGAAAGGUGCUUUGCCACCUAAACUCCCCAGCUGGUUUAUAAGCAGAAGGAGCUGCUUGCCCCAGUCCCACAGAUGCUCCGCUCCCUGGAGCUGGUUGUGGCUAUAAGAUCCUAAUCUGUGCCAUAACUCAGAUCAUAAGCAUCUCCGCGCAAGGCCUGGCACGGCUCUGCCCUGACCUCCCCCUGCUGUACUAUCGCUACAAGAUAAAGCUGUCUCAAGCUGAAUGUGGUACAAAACAUUCAACUUUUAUAGAGCCCUCUUAUCUCCCGAAACUCGGAGCAAUCCUCCUUUUUAUCACCGGGAUGUGAGCCAUCCUUUCUACUUAUCAUUAGAAAUUGCUGCUGCUUGAUUAAGUGCAGGGGAUGAUGUAUUUGCCUGAGCAUUAAACUUUAACUG